AUGCAGGCAGCUGAUAUGCUCUGUAAAAAUGGGAAAUUUAUCAACUCUGCAGAAAUGAGGGAAGUUCUUUACCAGUGUGCACGUCUUUUAAAGGAUUCAAAACUUAAGGAUUUUGUAAUUCGAGGUGUUGGCUGCCAUCAUGCUGGAAUGGAUUUACAAGAUCGUAAAUGCAUUUCCCAGUUAUUUGAAACUGGAAAUUUACUUGUUCUUUUGGCUACUACAACUCUUGCUAUGGGAGUAAACCUUCCAGCUCAUUUAGUGAUUAUUAUGUCUACACAACAUUAUGUAUUGGGAAAUCAUACAGAAUAUUCUGAAUCUCAAAUAUUACAAAUGAUUGGACGAGCUGGACGACCACAGCAAAAAUAUGAAAUUCUUUUGGAUGGAAAGCAGUUGAUUGAAAGCAGUCUCAUACAAGCCAGUCUUGGAUGUCUUCCAAUCCCAGAUUUUUCAUUGUCUCAAGAUGUCAAUAAAAUAUUUCGCUCUGGACAAAGAAUCACUCGUUGCUUAUUUGAAAUUUUAUGGCUGAAAGACACUUACAAUGGACUUCUUAAUGCAGUUUAUCUCUACAAAUGUUUUCGUGCAAAAAUUUGGGAAAAUUCAAAAUAUGUCACCAAACAACUUGAUGGAAUUGGCCAGUUUCUUUCAAAUGCAUUAGUCAAUGCUGGAAUCACCACAUUUGAAAUGUUUGAACAAACUGAUCCCAGAAAAAUAGAAAUGAUAACAAACAGACAUCCACCAUUUGGAAACCAAUUAAAAAGUACUGUAUCAGGAUUACCAAAAUACAAACUCUCUGUUGACCAAUCCAUGUGGCAAGGGCAGACUUACUUGUCUGUCUUUAUUGCUGGUGUACCCUCUAGGACAGUUCCUCAUGCAAGACAGUACCACCUGUCCUACUCCACAUGA